CACAACCAGAUCUUCUCACACCCAGUCACCUAGAAUCACACCUACUCUGUCUGUCUCAUUCUAAUACAUCCAGGCACAGCACUCUCUUUAUCUGAGUCUCUCAUUCUAACACAUCCAGGCACAGCACUCUCUUUAUCCGAGUCUCUUAUUCCAAUACAUUCAGGCACAGCACUCUCUUUAUCUGUGUGUCUCUCAUUCUAACACAACCAGGCACAGCUCUCUCCCUAUUUGUUUACUCAAUGUAAAACAACCAGGCACAGCACUCUCUUCAUCCGAGUCUCUUAUUCCAAUACAUCCAGGCACAGCACUCUCUUUAUCUGUGUGUCUCUCAUUCUAACACAACCAGGCACAGCUCUCUCCCUAUUUGUUUACUCAAAGUAAAACAACCAGGCACAGGACAUACUCUCCUUAGCUCUGUCUCGUAUUCCACCACACCCAAGCACAGCACGCUCUCCCCUCUGCGUGUUUCCUUCUAGCACAUCCAGGCACAGCACUUUAUGUCUUCACUGUGUGUCUCAUUCUAGCACAUCCAGGCAUAGCACUCCCUCUCCCCUCUGCGUGUCUUAUUCUAGCACAUCCAAGCACAACACUCUCUUUCUCCACCGUGUGUCUCAUUCUAGCACAUCCAGUCACAGCACUCCCUCCUCUCUCCAUCCCUCUGUCUCACACACACGCACUCCCCCCUGUCUCUCUGCUUCACACACCAUCAAUUCAGUACCAUCCAAAGAGGCACAGCCUGCAAGCCAGAGACAGCCCAGCCUUCCAGUGACAUGUAACGCCCGGCAGAGAGGAGCUUUGUGCAGCUGAUCUAAUGACAGAGCGAGAAAUGCAGCAACCAUGAACCAACUGUGUGCUGAGCCCUGCAGAGCGCUGCAAGACAGCAUUAGGCAGUUGCUUUGUCGGGCAGGUGGUGAAUUUCGUCUCCAGAGGGUCCAACUGGAGACCAGACCUCGAAAAUUGGAAGACAGAAUCCUGGUUACAACAUGCUGGAGAUUCUACAUCUUCUACAUCAAGCUACCGGCAAAGAUUGAAAGCUCUUUCAGUGUGUUGGAGAUCCGAUCUCUUACAGCCAUCACAAUCAGUCAGAUUCUUAUUGAGACCGAGAAAGGAAGCUUCCAGCUGACACUUAGUGCACAGAACACUGACCAGCUCAUUAACUGCAUCCAGGCCACAUUAUCCAAAAUAUUCCCUUCUCCAGACACAGUGUGUCUAGUCAGGCGUCAGUAUCCUGAAUCUGCAGACAGUUCCAGGAAUACAUCACCAAGCUCUGACACUGCAGGUUUUGCAGUAACACCCGGCAUCUGCGGUGGAUUUUCAGAGACGUAUGCUGCAUUAUGUGAUUAUAAUGGAGUCUGCUGCAGGGAGGAAGUUCAGUGGGACGUAGAUAUGAUUUACCACUCACAGGACAACCGGGAAUUUAACCUUCAGGAUUUCAGCCACCUAGAGAGCAGGGACCUGGCUCUGGUUGUAGCUGCUCUCGCCUAUAAUCAGUAUUUCCUCAGACUCCAGGCUGCAAAUCUCAAACUGGGGUCUGAGGUGACAGAGCAAAUCCUACACUGUGUGGGAAGAUCACAGCACCUGGAGGAGCUAAUCCUAGAGGACUGCGGACUGAGAGCUGAGUUUGCUCUCCGUUUGGCCUCUGUGUUGUCAGAUAAUUCGGCCUCCUCUCUGCAUUCACUGAACCUGUCACACAACCCCCUGGAAGACCGAGGUAUUGCUGCUCUAUCACAGCAGUUUCUAUACUUUCAUGCCGGACUUCGCAGCCUCAAUCUGAGCAAAACAAACAUCACGGCAAGAGGAGCACUCUCUCUGUGUCAGUCCCUCUGCCAGAAUGCUCUUUUCUCCUCCUCGCUGCACUCUCUGACCCUCAGUAAGAAUCCUGGACUUCUUGGGAGUGAGGAGACCAAUGCACUUUACACUUUUUUGUCUCACCCAAAUUCGUUGGUUUAUUUGGAUCUCUCAGGAACAGAUUGUGCUGUGGACACUAUUUUCGGGGCACUCGCCCUUGGAUGCUGUUCCUGCCUUUCACAUCUGGACCUCUCUAAGAAUUCAUUGUCACAUAGGAGGACCCCAGAGACACUACCAUCAGUGGAGAAGUUUUUUGGAAGUUCCUUGUCUCUAUCACAUGUAUCCCUAAGUGGAACCAAAGUGCCCCCUGAACUAUUGAGAGCUCUGCUACAAGGACUUUGCUCAAAUACUCACAUCCAGGACUUGCACCUCGAUCUAAGCAGCUGUGAACUGCGCUCUGCAGGUGCUCAGAUUUUACAGGAAUUGUUUCCUCCAAUCAGUAGCAUUGGCAGUCUGAAUAUAUCCGAUAAUGGGUUGGAUUCUCAUUUGAUGUCUCUUAUCCCAGCUCUUGGGAGAAAUAGACAUCUCAAGCAUCUCUCUCUGGGUAGGAACUUCUCUGUUAAGUCACGAGUCCUGGAGGAGAUUCUACAGCGUAUAGUUAAUGUUCUUCAGGAUGAAGACUGUUCCCUGCAGUCUCUUUCUCUUGCUGACUCCCGUUUAAAGUCUCGUACCUGCAUUGUUCUGAAUGCUCUGGGAAGUAACACAUCACUGCACGAGCUGGAUAUAAGUGGUAACAGCAUGUCGGAUAUUGGAGCGAAAAUGUUGGGGAAAACCUUACAGAUAAAUACAACAUUAAGAUCUGUACUCUGGGACAGGAAUGCAGUUACAGCAUCAGGUUUUAUGGAUGUUGCUCGAGCUCUGGAGAAAAAUCGAAGCCUACGUUUUAUGUCCUUCCCCGUGGGAGAUAUCUGUCAGGCGUAUCAGAAACAUCCCGAGAGAGCGGAGAGUGCCUGGAGGAAGAUUCACAGCUGUCUCUUGCGGAACUCUCAGACUGUGGUUAUCUCUGACCAGAGAGCACUGCGUCUCCAGCAAGGUGUCACAAAUAGUGCAGAGCAGAUGUUGCAGACGCUUUCUGUGAUGAUACAUGACCAUAUUAAUGUUCUACGUUCCUGUGAUCUUGACACUGUCCAAGAAGACAUCCUGUGUGCAAGACAGCUCCUCCGAGAUGCUAAAAACUGUCGAGCCUUGUUGCCACGUCUCUUGGAAGCAGGCAGUUGGCUGUCUCCUUCAGGACCUGCUCAACGCCUUUUAGAGACAGUUUCAUUUGAGCUGUCUCGAGCAGUAGAUAGAGAACUGCAGAACAUUGCAGACUCCAUGUGGGAAGCAACUCAGGACUUGUUCCCGGGGGCAGCACGUGAUGCCCAGAGAGGAAGUGCAAUGCUGUGCAGACUGAGGGAGCAGCAUGGGCUCAGCCUUCCCCAUAUCCGAGAUAUGCUUCGGCAAGUGGGGAAUGAGAUACACAGUAAGCUGAGGGCUGCACAACUUUCACUCAUGACACGUCUCAGCAAUUCUGUUCUGGAACAAGUGUUACAAGAAAUGCAAAGAACACACAGGAAACUGUCCCGUCACAGAUCGCAGCUACAGAGUCUGAUGGAGGAGGAACAGAGGUAUCUAGGAUAUCUUCCCCAGACGCCCCCAAGGAAUAAACAGGAAACUCAUGAGGGAGAGAUGUACACCAGCAUUGAUACAAUGGUGAUAAAAAAACGUCUUCAAGGCAGGAAAAUUCGACCAGUUUCUGCAUUUAUCAGUGUGAGUGAGCAAGAGUUAAGUCCAAGGACAUUGGAUUUAGGGUCUCCAGGCUCCAGAGACCUCAGUUCUCCACCACCUCUCUCCUCAUCUGCUAGCAGUCAGCUGUCUCGCUCUCUCAGUGUGUCUUUGGAAGGGCUCUCUGAGCUUCCUACAGAAGGGAGUAAGUUACAGCAUCAGACCCGGGACAGACCGAAACAGCAAUCUCGCAGAGCUCCAGGAGGAAGCAAGGUCCGUGGUCCUGCUUCUGACUCGGAGAGACCAGAAGCUCCAUUAGAUGAAGGCUUGGAAGAUUUUUUCCAUCGUACAGUCCUAACACAAUCCCACAGUGUAUCUUCAGCCCAGUCAGGGGAUCCUGAAGGACCUCCAAAAAGGCGGCGCCGUAGCCUUUUCCAUUUCCGCAGAAGCCGAACCCCAAAACGUGAAAGAGGAAGACCUGCACCACCCUCUCCUGGACCAGAGGGGAGUACUGAACACCUUAAACUGGAUGGAUUACUAAUGACCAAUGGAAGUAUAGCUACCAAUGGGGCUGAAGCCCCAAAUAUUGGAAGUGUGAGGGGUUUGCCUGGCCGAGGAACUCCGUCCUGUGAGCAGCCACUGGAGGAGGUGCAACCUGCAAGGGUCCGAGGAGUUCCCUUACCUGGGAUGGAUGGUGGGCGUGUUUGGAGAGAGAUAGAUAACACCGGUGGUUCUAGUUGUGUACCCGAUGACAGACGCCGCUCAUCUGGGGAUGGUGAGGAGGGUGCUACGUUUGAGGACAAACAGCCUUGUUUAUCCAACGGCGAAAGAAAUCAGAAGAAUUUUUCAAGAGAAGAGGGGGGUCAUAAUGUUUCCUGCCCCCCUCCUGCAGAAAUGCGGCCGGUCGCUGCCCCUCGGGGUAGGAAGGUGUCCUGUGGGGGGGGGCAUGGUGAUACGGAAUGUCAUGAAGAGCCCAAGAAGGAAAUCCCAGUUCCCAAACCACGAAUCAGAGAUCCUGGGAAAGAAGCGACCCCCCAAGGGGGAGAUAAUGCCCCCCCUGUCCGCAAGCCUCCUCUGAAGCCUCAGCGAUCACGUAGAUUGCAGUCAUGUGAUUCAGCAGAACCACCUUCCUCUGGUAACGGAACACGUAUGACAAUGGCAUCAAAUGAGCAGAAAUUGCCAUCAAGUGGUGACGCCUUACACCAUGGACUACGCCACAUUACUGAAGCCAAAGAGAGAGAUGCCAAGAGCCUGCCCUCCUCUGCCUGACUCACUGCCAAAAGGAAGAACGGUGUAUGUAACUGAUAUGCCAUGGGUGGAAGAAGAGAGUACUGGGCUGUACUGGACAGUCACCAACAUCUAUUUGUGCAUUGUUUUCAGCACACAAUAAAAUUGUAAACAUUUAUAA